UGAGUGACACGUGACGAGGAAGGAGGUGGGCUGUACUCGGUGUGUCUGCUUAGACGCUAAUGUGCUGAUCUCAGAUGACCAACAUUUCAAAUGGAGGAAUCAUCUCUACAGCUGCUGCUGGUUCUGAUCUCACUGCUGAUCUGCACAACCAACCAAGCCUCUCUGACUGUGAGUCCCAGCAGAUCUCAGAUGUUUAAAGAACAGUCUGUUACUCUGAGCUGUGAAGAGGACGACAGCUCUGCUGGAUGGACUCUGAGGAGGAACACAACCAGAGAAACCAGAGCUGAGUGUAAAGACUGGGGAGGAAUAUCUGCUGGUUCUUCCUGUAACAUCAGCUACAUGGCCCCAUCGGACAGUGGAGUGUACUGGUGUGAGUCCAGAGAGGGAGCAACCAGUAACAGCAUCAACAUCACUGUCACUGGUGGACCAAUGAUCCUGCAGAGUCCUGUCCUCCCUGUGAUGGAGGGAGAAGACCUCACUCUGACCUGUAAAACAAAGACGUCCUCCAACCUCCCAGCUGGUUUCUAUAAAGAUGGCUCCUUCAUCAGGACUGAGCCUGCAGGUCACAUGACCAUCCACCAUGUUUCCAGGUCUGAUGAAGGCCUCUACAAGUGUAACAUCAGCAGUGUUGGAGAGUCUCCACCCAGCUGGGUCUCUGUCACAGAGAAAUCCACGACUACAACCUCCACCACCUCUGGCUUUGUGUUGUCUGCCAUUUCAGUCAGUGUUCUGGUUCUCCUGGUUCUACUCGUUCUCCUGGUGAUACGAUGCAAACCUAGAGCUGCUCAAGCUGAAGCUGGAGAUGAUGAUGUCACAUACAGUGAUGUCACCAUAUCACGUAACCUGCAGCAUCCAAUCAGACGGAGCAGAGAGAGUGAUACUGCUGCAAUCUACUCCAGGGUGAGAACAGAAGACGUCUGUUACGGACAAAUAGUGAUCAACGACAAGAAAUCAAACAGGAAGAGAGAGAGUGAUCCUGCUGCAAUCUACUCCGGAGUGAGAACAACAGACGUCUGUUAUGGACAAAUAGUGAAGAAAACAAAGAGGAAGAGAGAGCCUCCAGCAGACCCAGAGGUCCUCUACUCCUCACUGAGGAAGACCUGAACCCCAUCACACCAGUCCAACCAGUGGAGUCCAGCUGGCCAAUCACUGGUCCCCAGAGACCCUCACAUCUACAUCUGUACCUGUAUAACAGUCCGGUCAUCCAACCAACUGGCUUUAGAAGUCCCAAGGUCGAGGUACAAACUGUGGGGGGUCACUCUUUUGCUGUUGCUGCCCUGAGACUUUGGAACAUGUUACCACCUGGCAUUCACACCAUUACAGACGUCGCUCUUUUGAAAUCCAAACUUAAAACUUCUUUAUUUAGAAUGGAUUUUAAUGCACAGUAGUGUUGCAGCAUUAUCUCUUUAUUUCUCCUGUUUUUAUGCAACAGUUUCAUAUUUUACUGUAUUCUAUGUUUUACCCUUUUUAUUGUACGGUAUGUUGUUUUAUUCUUGGUCCUUCAAGCACUUUGGAUACCGGUUGGUUGCUGUGAAGCACUAUGAAUAAAUGUUGAUUGAUGUUAAGGUUAAAUGAGAUUAAUGCAGCUACAAAAAGCAUGUUUGCAUUCCUUAGAUGUGUUUCGUUCAAUGCUUCUUAUUUAAGUCAUAGAUUUGUUGCUCUGUAAUUGUUUCAUUACGUUGCACAACAACCAACAAAUAUCUACUAAACAGAGUCUACUGAUAAUAACGAUAUACUGAUUUUGAUAUAUUGUAUUUAUGAGCUUGUUUCUGUGCAGGAUCAAUAAACUCUGGUGUUUCCUCGU